AUGACGCGUUGUUACUUUUUAUUAAAUACAGUUAAUUAUGUUAAUUAUUACAGCGGUCAAUACUCGCGUCGUCACGAUAGGGUUCUAGAAGUCAUACGUGAAGCGAUUAGUCUUUCGGUAGCCAGAGCGCAAAAGGAAAUAACCACAAACGAACUAUCAGUAGGUUUUGUGAGAGAAGGCACUAGGGCUACAAAAUCAAAGGUCAAGCCUUACUCCAUCCUUAAAGCGGCGUCGGAUUGGACUAUAAUGAUGGACACGUAUGAAAAACAAUAUAAAAUCCCCGAGGAUAUUUGUGCGUCGGCCUCCAGACCGGAUAUAUUUUUGUUUUCGCGAAUUUUAAAGCGCGUAGUGAUGAUAGAGCUUACGGUCCCUGGGGAAACUAACAUCCCCAAAGACCAUACCAUCAAGGUCAACAAAUAUUACGAGCUCACAAACGAACUCACUCGAAAUAGGUUCGUAGUAGAUUUGUACGCGGUAGAGGUGGGAGCGAGAGGUAUAACAGCGAAAUCUCUCUACAACCUACUAAAGGACUUGGGCUUGUCCAGAACUCACAUUAAUGCAUUCUUGGAACGUACAUCGAAGGCAGCCCUAGUAGGUUCUUUUCAAAUUUGGUUAGGUAGGGAGAGGAGCUUGGACAGUGGAGGUGAGCGUAUAACGCGCGUUAGUUAA